AUGGCCCAGACAGAUGUGCUCCUGACGAAGCAGCCAGCCCCGCAGACCAUCAGCCCGUGUGAGCUGCCGCCCAAGCUCUACCAUGUGGCCUGCAACACGGGCGAGCACUCAUCCUCGGGCCUGGCCACCGCCGGCUUCCGCACGGCCAAGUACCUGAUGGACGAGUGGUACCAGAACUCCUAUGCCCGCUACCACCAGGCCUUCUUGGACCGUGAGCACUCGGAGCGGCAGCGGCAGGAGAGCCAGCAGCUGGCCGUGGAGACCAGCACGCUGGCCCAGCGCACGCAGCAGGACUCCACCAUCAAGGUGGGCGAGCGCCUGGAGGAGAUGCACUGCUGGAAGUCCAACCUGCAGCAGGAGGUGGAGGACCUGACCUCCGAGACCAACCUGCUCCUGGCCCAGAAGCUGCGGCUGGAGCGCGCCCUGGACGCCACCGCCCUGCCCUUCUCCAUCGCCAUGGACAACCUGCAGUGCCGCGAUCGCCGCCAGCACCCGGACCUGGUGCGCGACUACGUGGAGGAGGAGCUGCUCAAGGAAGCAGAGCUCAUCCGGCACAUUCAGGAGCUCCUGAAGAGGACCAUCCAGCAAGCGGUGACCCAGAUACGGCUGAACCGAGAGCAGAAGGAGGUGUGUGAAAUGGGCUUCUCGGACAAGGUGGAGUCCUACAACAUCGACCAGGCCUGCUCGCGCUACCACAACGACUGCACGGAAGUGCGGUUCCACCUGCACUCCACCAAGUUCGAGGAGAGCGCCUCCACACCCGAGUCCUGGGUCAAGUUCAGCCAGGACAUGCUGUUCCGCGCCGAGCAUGAGCGCCUGGGGUCGGUCCACUUGCGGUCGAUCAUCGACUCCAUCCUGCGGGACACCUCGGAGGACCUGCGGGUGCAGGCGGACGUGGUCAACCAGGCCUUCGAGCGCCGCUGCGAGGAGCUGGAGGACACACAGAACAAGCUGAAGUUCCACCUGCAGAAGCUGCUUCGGGAGAUCACCGACCAGGAGCGCCAGAUUUUGAACCUGAAGCAGGCCAUCAAGGACAAGGAGGCGCCGCUGCGCGUGGCCCAGACCCGUCUGUACCAGCGCGCCCGCAGGCCCAACGUGGAGCUGUGCCGCGACACAGCCCAGUUCAGGCUGGUGAGUGAGGUGGGGGAGCUGAACAUGUCCCUCACGCUGCUGAGGGAGAAGCUGCAGGAUGCGGAGCAGGCACUGUGCAACCUGGAGGACUCCCGCAUGGCCCUGGAGAAGGACCUGGCUGUCAAGGCCAACAGCCUCUUCAUCGACCGCCAGAAGUGCAUGGCCCACCGCCACCGCUACCCCACCGUCCUCCAGCUGGCUGGCUACCAGUAA